AAAAAAUGGAUAUUUGAACCUAGCAAUUACGUACUUCCAUGUGUUUUUUGUUAACAAACUUCCCCCGUAUUUCAAAACCUUUAUCUUUAUCACGUUCAGUAAUCUUUUCAUUCGUAUACACUUCAGCACUAGUACAAACCAGCUGCAUUUUUACCCUUAUUCUACACUUUUUUUUGUCUAAAUACGAGUCUUCCGGAUGGAACGAAACACAAGCUCAGCUAUGGGAUCGUUUUACUUGCGUGAGACUGGAGAAAUUCGUGACGUUUAUAAAAUAUUCCUUCUGGUAGAAUGUCCAUUUCAUAUCGUGAACAUAUUUUUGCUCUUGAUUUGCCCAAAUUUUAUAUUUUCAUCCAAAACUCUUGUAAAUCUGAAUUUGAAAAUGACAAUAGCCAGUUACUUUUUAGCUGGUGUGCUCAUGAGUAUGUCACGAUUAGCAUGGCUUAUAUGUGAUUUAUUUUGGGUUCCAAUCAACACAAUGGAGAUUCUGAUGUAUUCACGUUUUGUGUUCCAAACGUCGAUUGCCGCCCAUCUCUUUGUAUUCUCUAUUGAACGCGCAAUUGCCACUUGUCUGUCCAAGCGAUAUGAGCAAAACUCUUCUUAUCCAGUCAUUAUUUUAUCUUGUAUUCUUACGUAUCCGUACUCAUUGAUUCAACUUUAUUCAAAAUACAACUUUGAAAAGGGUCGAGAGAUAAAUGUGGUCAUGUAUGGUGGAGCUGGGAUUGUGUCUCUUAUUAUUCUCCUGGUAGUAUACCGAGUAAAUAAGAAAAAAGUGAAGGAGCGAAGGUUCAAAGGUCCAAUCAGUGAAGCUUAUCAGGUUCGUGAGAACAUUCGCACAUCCCGACUGCUUAUUCAAAUCUUCUUCAUCUUUGCAUUUUUCGUUGGCACCUCAACAUUCUUCCUUCUCAAAUUCUCUGCUUCAUUGACGGAUCCAUCUCAGAAAUGGACAACUAUAAAAAAUGGCUUCAUGUAUGAUAUUCUGAUAUGUAUUGGUACUACAUGCACAACUACUGUAUUCCUUCAAUUUUUAAUUCCGGAUGAUACACUGAAAAAAUGGAGACUGAAAUUUCAUUUGUCAUGUCAACAACGAAGUGUGACUCCGGAAGGAAAGAGACUUCGAUUCAGAAGUAUUCAUGGAAUAGAUGUUGAAGUUGGAAAUGGAACUGCAGAAGAAGAGGCUAGAGUAUACUUCACACAAUUAUCACAAGCCUGGAAACUCUAGAAAAUUCAAAAAAAAUAUGUGAUGACUGAUGGAAUGUGAAGAACACAUUUAAGAAGAAACAAAAACAAGAAAUUCUUCCUCACAAAACACUUCCUCAAAACAACCAUGUCUGACUCCAUCAUCACCCGCUCCGAAGUUAACAUGCACUGUAGCGAAGAUGACUGUUGGAUUAUUGUUGGAAACUAUGUCUACGACGUCACAAAGUUCGUCGAUCUCCACCCAGGAGGCCCAGAAAUUCUUCUCGAAUUCGCCGGAGGUGAUGCCACCGAUGCUUUCGAGUCCGUCGGACACUCAAUGUGUGCCCGCAUGAUGCUCACAAAGUUCAAAAUUGGCUCUUUACCAGAGGAUGAGCGUCCAGAUUUUAUUCAAGCCGAAUACAUCACUCAUGCAAAGAUCUCUCUUCCAAUGGCUCAUUAAGUCAGACAUCUUAUCACUUUCUUUCAUUUCUUUUUUGUUCAAUUCUACAAUACCAUCUCAUGACUGACUGCCACGUCAUCGGCGGUCCUGAAACUUCCCCUUACGGGUACGACGGCUGAUUCUAGUCAACUCAAGUCCACUUUUCCUGUCACCUUUUUUGUUUCACUCUCAAUCUUUUCUUUUUUGUUUGAUUUUUCUAUCCACCUCACACCCUUGUUAGCAUAAUUCUGUCUGGAACUAUAUCGGGUACACUGUUCAAACACAUUUUGUAAAAACGAGUAAAUAAUUGAUUUU